UCACCUAGGAAAGCUCCUAAUGCAGAGCUAGAAGGCAGAAAAAGUGCUAAUUUGAGCAAGGAAGGUGAGAUUCACACGCAAAAUGGGUCUGAAGGCAAUCUCAAGAACUUGAUGGAUAUUAGCUCCCCACCCUCGAGUAGUGGAAAAGAUGGCAGUGACAUGACCACUAGCCGUUUAUCAGAGCCAUCUUGAAGCAAGAAGCUUGCUAGAACAAAAAAUACUAAAGCUUUCAAGAGGUCUAGCUCAAACGCAGCAAGUAAAACCUCCCCUCUCCUUCGCGCGUCAGAGACCAUCUCAGAAAAUGGAGUCGUCCUCACAAUCACCAACAACUCUCCCUCGCAUGGGAUGGGCAAUGUGGCACAGGGAUCGAAUAAUAGCAAUCCCAUACGAAGUUAUAGCAAAAAUUCGAGCCUCCCCCACAGACACAAUGGGUUGGUUCGAGGAGGAGCUUCAGAUAGCAUGGAGGCAUCUGUUUCCAAUCACUCCAACCAGCCUCAGAACUAGGAACCUUGCUCUAGAUCAUCCAGCAUGGGGAUUGACACCCAACCCGUGGUGGAGAUUUCUCACAGACACACCCCUGUUAGCAGGGGAAGAGGCUGCAACAUUGAACAAGCAAAAAAGAUCAUUGGUAGUGCCGCACUUGGACAAAUCGGGGUGGUUGGUUCAGGAGAGGAAAGUAAUAGACUCUAGGGGGUCAGUCUCAUCCUAUAUGGGGAAUUUCCCAACAAUGAAAUUGUUUCAAAUCCUAACCCCAAUUCGAAAUUGCGAUCUCUUGCUGUGUUGUAGGGAGGACAUAGUGGGAAUUCUGAAAUACAUGAUAGUCUGGAAGCCGAAUUGGAUGACAUCCAAGGAUUUCCUAAGGAGGUUGGGAUGGAGCAUGAUGGAGACAACUUCAAUGACACCUAACCAGGUGGAAGUUCCGUAUGAUAAUUAUGUAACCAUGAAUAUCCUCUUAUGGAAUUGCAGAGGGGCUCUAAAUGUUGAUUUCAAGAGAAGAGUGCUUGAAAUGACGGCGAAUCAUCACCCGUCUAUUAUGGUGAUCACGGAAACGAGGGUUCGUGGAGACAGAGUGGAAAAAAUUAUUGAGGACCUUCAUUUUGAUGGGUUUUUUUUGCCACCGACACUAUUGGUUAUGCAAGAGGCUUAUGGUUGUUGUGGAAGAAGGAUGAAGUUAACAUUUUCAUCUUAUCAUCCAUUGAGCAAGAAAUCCAUGCCACAGUGAAGACAGUUGACUUCCCAAAUUCCCCAAGUUCGGAUUGGGCAUUGCUACCGUGAAGCCAACUCUUGUGCGGACUUCCUUGUUAGGAUAGGAUCCUCUCAAAAUAGAGAUUUCAUUUUGUACAAUGAUCCACCUGUGGAUCUUAAGGAGCUUAUAAGCUCAGACUCUGUUGGCUUGUAUUGUAACAGACUGCUCUCUGAGCCCUCUCUUCCCCCUUAGUUUGUUGGUUAAUGAAGUUUCCUUUUAACCAAAAAAAGAAGAAAAGAAAGUAGCAUGAAUUGUUUCAUAGGUUUGACAA